AAUUGAGCGAAUCAGACCAUUUCUAUUAAGGGAGCCCUAAUGGGGCGAAUGAUCAGCUCUUCCAGGAGGCAACCGGACUAUACGAAUUAGAUAAGCCGGUUGGUGUUCCACUUUUAUGGUGAUCCAUGCCAUCAUUAGAUGGGUUGGUUCUGACCGUUGUUAGUGCGCUUCUUCGAGGACCCUCUUUCGUCACAGCCCACUCAAGACUCCCAAAGGUAUUAUUACUAUUAUCUCUUACCAUUCUGGUUGUUAAUCUCCCCGUUGUGAUUCAUGAUUUAUUAUCUUGCUCCUUGCUUCUCCUCAACAAAACCUCAGUGGUCCACUAUCAAUCUUCUGCUUUCUAUAAAUAUCGCUGUCUUGCCGCUCGUGCUGUCUCACUUGUGGCCUGCAGGAUCAGGCAUCCGAAACUAGCUCCUUUUCUUUUUUUGCCCCUCAGCCUUAACUUUCUUUAGUUCUUCGACUUUCCUGGCCUGGUGCCCAAAGGAUUCGAUUUUAUUCAAACUGCAGAUUUCUUCCCCGUUCUUUCCAUUUUAUGUAAAUUCUUUGUCUCGUCUACCUCUGAUUUGUCUGUCCUCUUAAUCUUCGAAGUC